AUGUCGCUGACUAUUACCUCGGAGGGCAUAGGCCAUGAUGAUGCUGGUAAUCGUCGCGAGAGAUCUUGGCUGUUCCCAUCGAAUCGCAAGCUUCGCCAUCUACAAGGCAUCUCGAUUCGUAAUCUUGUUGUUGACCCCCCGAGCAGGACUCGGGGGAAAACUAUUGAUGACGAAGAUAUUCCCAACUCGUUCCAAUCGCCGUCGAAGAUCCUUGCACAGGAUGCGAGUCGCCCCCUGAAUCACUCGCGCUCGUUCACAAAUCUCAAAUCCGUCAAGGCAACCGGCGAUAAGUGUAUUAGUCGCGAGCCGCCACCCCGGCGACAGCCACAACAAAGGCGAAACACCUUACCUUGGAGCGAUCCCAACCCGCGUGCUAGACAAGUAAAAUUGGAGGAUAUCACGAGGAGUCGAAUGGCAGAUACCUGGUUCUCCAUGCAUUGCGACAAGAUCGAAGAACCGGUGUAUGUGAGCGAGAUCGUGAAGGAUGCAACGAACCCAAGCUUCCGUUCCUUCGACCUGAACAUGUGCGGGCCCUUAGUCUCGCGAUCGGAUAGCUUCACCCUCAAAUUAUGGGCGAAGACGACCGCUAUGGAAGAGUACAUGCUGUUGGUGGAAUUGCAGUUACAUCUACAAUCCCUACAGUUUCUAGGAAAGUCGUUGGAUAGCUUCCACCAACCGCUACCGUCGAACUCAGUUCUUUGCCAUUUUGCGGACGGCGUUUAUGGGAAUCUGACGGAUCUUCCACCAGUUUGGGUGCCUUUGCCUGCAAAAGCAUCCAAAACUUCCGAUAGGAAUGCGCUGCCGACUUCAUCCUACGACGCACUGAUGCGGCUGGCAAACCUGGAUGAGUGCAUUCAAGACGCACUUAUCACCAGGGAGAAGCUGGAGGCUCAAAUAAGUUCAAUUCUGGAGAGGAACCAGAAAGCUUUAGCCGUGACUUGCGAGGUUUCGCGAGCUCGGGAUAAAGUUACGCUGACGAAACAGGCGGCUGUGUCUGAGAGGAAACAACUUCGCUUGACUAGGAAACGUAAGGAAGAACUGGUCGCCAGUUUACGCGCGAGGAGGGAGGCUAUGGCGCGUGGGCGCCAGACGCAAGAAAGAGCUCGUAGUCAUCUGCCCGAUGCGCAGGAGAAGCUGCACUCCAGCGCUAAAUUACUGGAAAAAGAGACAGAAGACUCCAAGGGCCAAAUUCGGCGCAUCUCAGAGGAUCUACUGGCCAUCUACCCCAUUGAGCCGAUCCCCGACAAACCGCUCGCGUUCACAAUAGCGGGCCUGGCCUUGCCGAACUCGAACUUCACCGAUAUUCAUCGGGACGCUGUUGCGGCCGCACUGGGAUAUACUGCACAUUUGGUUUAUUUACUGUCCUUCUAUCUAUCCGUGUCCGUACCUUAUCCGAUCAAUCCGUAUCUGUCCAACUCGCAGAUCCAGGACCCGGUGUCAGUCUCGCUCCCACAACGAACAUACCCUCUGUACCCGGUCAACGUCCAUUACCGGUUCGAAUAUGGGGUGUUUCUGUUGAAUAAGAACAUUGAGUUUCUGCUGACUAAGCGGGGCCUUCGGGUGCUGGACAUUCGACAAACUCUCCCCAACCUGAAGUAUCUGCUGUACGUGCUCACCGCAGGGACAGCAGAAAUCCCCGCACGGAAGGCUGGGGGAAUUCGAGGCCUGCUACCGGGCCGGUUGACCCCCAGCAUGUCAAGACGCGGGAGCGAAGACAGCGUUGCAUACAGCGAAUCCAACUUACCCCGGAAAAUGAUGAGUUCGUUGGUGAAAUCCAAUGGGGACGUCGCGCUUGACAAGGGGAAGAAAAAUAUCCCUGUCUUGAACACGACGUCAGCCUCUCAGGUGGCCUAA